AUGGCCUCUCCACUGCACUUGGACCCGGCGGUCGUCGAAGCCGCGGCCAUCGCGUCCGUCAAGCUAGGGCUCGCGCACCACAAGACCUUUGCGAAUGAGCCCGCGGACGCGCGGGGGGACCUCACGCUGUCGGCUGCGUCGCCGCUCGUGCAAGCGUCGCUGGCGUUCGACGAGCGUAGCGCGCCCGCGCGCGGCACGGACAUAACAUCGCUCCUCUCGUUUCUGCAGACCAAUCUGGUCGGCGUCGCGAGCGGCUUCAACGCCAACACGGACACGUUCCUCGCGUACGUUCUCGGCGGCGUCUUGCCGCAAGCCAACGUGCUCGACUUUUACAUCAACGCGGUGGACCCGACGACGAUUUCGUGGUCCAAAGCGCCGCUCAUCCAGCGCCUCGAGAUGAACGUCGUCCACUGGUUCUGCGACCUCGUCGGCUACGCCCGCGACUCGUCGCUCGGCAUCUUUACGCAGGGCGCGAGCGGCGCCAACUUUGACGCCGCGGUGAUCGCCCGCGUCAAAAAGUUUCCGCGCAACCGCGACAUUGCACGUGGCACGGUGUACGUCUCGUCCGGUGCGCAUUUCUGCAAUGCGCGGGGCGCGCGCAUGGCCGGCAUCUUACCCGAGCACGUCCGGCAGCUACCGGUCGACGCGACCGGGCGGCUACGCCUUGAUGCACUGGCCGCGGCGCUCGCGGCCGAUGUCGCCAACGGCCUCGUGCCGUUUUUGAUGGUCGCGAGCCUCGGCACGACGUCGCUUGGGGCGGUCGACGAUCUAAACGGGAUGGCCGACCUCGCGGACUCGUACGGCUGCCACUUGCACUGCGACGGCGCGCUCGGUGGUUUUUUCUGCUCACGGAGCCGCGCGCAUUCGGUGUCGCUCGACUUUCACAAGGGCAUGGCGCUACCCUACGCGACCUCGAUGCUGCUCGUCAAGGACAAAAACGACUUGAUCAACGGCUUUAGCGCCAACGACGACAUGGAGUACCUCAAGAAGACGGAGGUCAAUUCGCGCUUUGGCAUUGGCACCCAAGACGAGUUUGAUUUGGAUUUGAUCACGUUUGCCGACUGCAGCCCCGACCUCUCGCGCGCGUGCAAGGGCCUCAAAGUGUGGUGGCUCCUCAAACUGCACGGCCUCGACGCGUGGAAAGCCCACUUUGACCAUCUGCUCAACGUGGCCGACGCCGCUCGCCGAGCCAUCGCCACGAUACGCGGCCUCGAACUCGCGCCCGGCGAUCUCAACGUGGUGAAUUUCCGCGCCAACGUGCCUGGCGACGCGGACACGGUGAACGCAGCGACCGACGCGCUCCUCGCCGCCGUCAACGCUCGCCGCGCCGUCUUCUUGUCCAUGGCCACGUACACCACAACGGACGGCGUCAAGUACGCGACCGCGCGCGCGUGCUUUAUGAACCACAACGUGACGCUGGCGACCGUGCAAACGCUUGUGGACGAGCUCCGUGCGGUCUUGCUGCCGUAA